AUGUCCUUCGGAGUGAUGCGGUGGCCGUGGAACUCAAAUGACGUCAGAGGCAACAGAUGUGAUUGGGUGAUCCACUAUGAGGGGUUGGGACGUAAUAGAUGUACGGUAAAGCACGAGAGCGCUCGCUCUCUCUCUCUCUGUGCCUCUCCCCCGUUCCGACAUCCCCGUGCAACAUCAUUGGACGCUACCGUAUUUCCGUUCAAGAGACAUGUUGGAUUACCUUGUGCAUAUUCAACGGAAGCUACUUUCCAAACUAAGCCAUUCAAAUUGCAUCUUCUUGAAAAUGGUCCUUCCACGGAGGUCACUGUCACCCGGGACGACGCCCUCCAUUAUUAUAAACAGAUGAUGAUGAUUCGUCGCUUGGAAGCUGCAGCCAAUAAUAUGUACAAAGAAAAAACCAUUAGAGGAUUUUGUCAUUUAUAUUCAGGACAGGUAAAUUAUUAUUAUAAAUACGGACGAGAAGCAGGAUGUGCCAGAGGUAAAGGAGGCUCAAUGCAUAUGUAUUCAUCUAACUUCUUUGGAGGAAAUGGAAUUGUAGGUGCUCAGGUACCAUUAGGUGCAGGAAUUGCAUUUGGUUUAAAAUAUCUUGAUAAAGAUGACAUAUGCCUUGCAUUAUAUGGAGAUGGUGCUGCAAAUCAAGGCCAAGUUUUUGAAGCGUAUAAUAUUGCUAAAUUAUGGAAUCUCCCUGUAAUAUUUAUAUGUGAAAAUAAUGGUUAUGGAAUGGGAACGAGUGCUGAUAGGGCUGCAGCUUCCACGGAUUAUUAUACUAGAGGUGAUUACAUACCAGGUAUUUGGGUAGAUGGUAUGGAUAUUUUAGCUGUAAGAGAAGCAACUUUCUUUGGUGCAGAGUUAUGUAGAUCUGGAAAGGGUCCGCUAGUCAUGGAAGUUGCAACUUACCGUUACCACGGUCACAGUAUGAGUGAUCCUGGAACCAGUUAUCGAACCAGAGAAGAAAUUCAAGAAGUGAGACAAACUCGUGAUCCGAUCACUUCUUUUAGAGAAAAAAUAAUUACUGCCAAUCUUGUCACCAGUGAGGAAUUAAAGAAAAUUGAACAGGAUGUUCGUAAAGAAGUUGAAGAAGCUACAGAAGUAGCAAAAUCAUCUAAAGAAAUUCCAUUGGAAGAGAUGUUUGCAGAUAUUUAUGUAGAGCCUAUAAAACAAAAAAUCAGAGGAGUGACACCUUUUACAGAACAUACACACAAAAGAAUUUCAACACCAUUGAAUGCUAAGUGAUUCAGAUUAAUUUAACUUUAAUUAAUUAUGCAGAAGAAGAAAGAAAAUAUGUAAUUAGAAUGUAAAAGUUUUUUAUCUUUAAAAUGUCCAGAUGGAAACUAUUUAAAAAUUGUUUCUAUCUAAUUAAAGUGUUAUAUAUGUGAA